AUGGCCUCGUGGGAAGACGAAGCCAAUCAACCAGUGUCUGAUAUCAGCAUUGACUUUUCGAAAUUGGAUGUGAAUGCUCCAGUUUUUAUUCCUGGUCAAAUGUACGGCUUCGGUGCCUCUGCGACGCCUGCUGUGUGGUCUGGUUCAUCGGAGCCUGACACGGCAAAGGCGAUAGAGACCAAAAGGGACCCGGUUCCGUCUCUAGUCGAUACUCCUCAAUGCCCCGAUGCUGAAGAGAAGGAAUUCGCACCAUCCACACUGUCAGAACCUAAGCGUCAAGCAGUGGCCUAUAUUCCUCCCAAAAACAAGAAGGAGACGCUCAGCGUUGUCUUUAUUGGUCACGUUGAUGCUGGGAAGUCAACGAUCGGAGGACAUUUACUAUAUUUAACAGGUAUGGUCGACUCUCGAACCCUGGAAAAGUACGCUAAAGAAGCGAAAGAAAAAAAUCGUGAAACCUGGUAUCUCUCAUGGGCUCUAGACACUAGUGUAGAGGAGCGAAACAAGGGUAUUACGGUGGAAUGUGGCCGAGCCUUUUUCGAAACCGAGCACAAACAUUUCAUUUUGGUUGACGCUCCCGGUCACAAAUCCUUCGUUCCUAACAUGAUCACCGGUGCCUCCAUAGCUGAUAUUGCUGUGCUCGUCAUCUCUGCUCGUCGUGGUGAAUUCGAAACCGGUUUCGAACGUGGCGGCCAGACGCGUGAACACGCGAUGCUGGUAAAGACCACAGGUGUGAAACACAUGAUUAUCCUCAUCAAUAAGAUGGAUGAUUCUACGGUGAACUGGGAGGAGUCACGAUUCAACGAGUGUCGUGAAAAAUUGGUGCCUUUUCUUAAGAAAAUUGGCUUUAACGUCAAGUCAGAUAUUUACUUCAUUCCCUGCUCUGGUUUCACGGGCGCCUUCUUGCGUGAUAGACCGAAUGACAGUCGUUGUGAAUGGUACAAGGGGCCUACCUUGCUGGAAUACCUUGACAAGCUCCCAUCACUCGCCAGAUGUGUCGAUGGCCCACUGCGAAUACCCAUUUCUGACCGUUUUAAGGAUAUGGGCACGUAUGUUGUUGGCAAAAUCGAGUCCGGAACCCUUGUUCGCGGUCAGAUUUUGAUCAUGAUGCCUAACAGGGUUCCUGUGGAAGUUCUUCAGAUCCUUAACGACGAUGUCGAGGUUGACGGAAGCGCUGCUGGCGAUAAUGUCAAGUUGAAGCUAAAGAAUGUCGAGGAGGAGGACAUUUCUCCAGGUUUCGUCCUCUGCUCUCCUGACAACCUCUGUCACGUAGCGCACGUGUUUGACGUGCAGUUAGUGAUAGUGGACUACAAAUCCAUAAUAUGUCCCGGUUUCACUGCGGUGAUGCAUAUUCACGCGUGCGUUCAGGAGAUCCGCUUCCGCACUAUCCUCUGUCGCAUCGACAGGAAGACCAAUGAAAAAACCGAUAUCCGGCCACGUUUCAUCAAACAGGAUGAUGUUGCUAUCGUGCGAUUUGAGGCAAUAAGUGGGUCCAUAUGCUUGGAGUGUUUCAAGGACUACGCUCAAAUGGGCCGAUUUACACUGCGAGACGAGGGAAAGACAAUCGGAGUGGGUAAGGUAAUGAAGAUAAUCACUGCAAAUGAACAGUAA